AUGGGUGGACUUGCCCUGGCAAGGGUCUUGUUCAACGAAUCCAGAGAUAUCUUUUCUUCAUCAUCAGGUUACUCUGGUGAUCCAUCUGCAAUCAGGCCGUUUACUGAUGGUCCUUUCGGGAUGGAAAAGGGCAUUAUUCUAUCGACUGGAAGUUUAACCUCACCUUUAGCUCCCGGGGAUACGUGUCCAAGCUCCUAUACUACUGAUCUAUAUGAUGCCUAUACCCAGACGUACUGUGGAACAGACUCCUAUAAUGGAGCUUCAUACUUGUUGAACAUUCUUCCAAUAAAGGCUACUACACUGCUGGUCGACGUAGUCAUUGCAAGCUGUGAUCGAACCUCGGGCGACAGAGUUAUGGUUUUGGUAAAUGGUGUAAAUUACGCAAAGGACGAAAACAACAACCCUUUGGAUUCUUUAUCAAAGUAUCUCAGCGAACCCUGGGGUAUACCAGCACCCAAUGGAGAUACUGCAUUCUCUAUGUCAUCACCGCCUCUUCGAUUUUCUAUACCAGUCCCUAAAGCUUCUGUUGAGUUGAAGAUUGCUGUAUGCGAUCGUUUCAAUGGCUACGGUGACACAGCUCUUAUGAUCAAAAUAAGACCCUGCGUUGACUGCAGUCAGUCCUUCAAAGUCGACUAUGACACGACAAGUAUUGUAUCUACCACAACUUAUGAAGCAACUUCUACAAUCACGCAGCCAGCUUCAGGAACAAUGCGCGGAACGAUCUCUUACGUUACAUAUACAACUGCCUCUGCUACUAGUACUACGUCAUCAUCCCUGCCAGAUUCAUCCUCAUUAGCAGUGUCAGCAACGUCUACUUCGCCUAUUCUCAACUACGCUGAGCACAUCGGGGUCUACUUCAACCGAACCUUCGCUUGCAUCCGUCUCAACUUUUACAACAUUGCCAUUAUAUACACAAUCUCUAUCAUCAGAAUCUACAUCAUCAACGUCACAAUCAUCAAUAUCAUUCGGGUCUCCAUCAACAUCUGUAUCCCAAACCUCACUGGAAGUCGCAUCAACUGA